AUGUACGUACCUAAUAGCGAACUAAUGGAUCAAAAGCAGGGACAGCCUAUGGAACCACCGCCCCCUUACUCGGCUCAGCCGGGAAUGCCCGGCCACGCGAUGCCACCCCCAGCCGGGUUUAUGCCGGGGGGUCAACCGGCAGCCACCAUAUAUCCGGCGCAACCAGGUCUGUACACUCCC